GGUGAGAGGAAAGAACUGCCUCUUUUAUGCCACAAGUCAAGGAAAUGAAACUUAAAUCCCCAGACCAAUCCGCUUCUGGAAGCCUGUACUUUCACUCUCAGAGCAUACACGAACGGGAGGCUCGGGAACUUGGAUCCCGCAAUCACAAAGAUGGCUUUACAGCAACCUAUUUGGAACCCGACCCUUCCUUUUACUGGCCCCAUUUUGGGGGGCUUGAGCGAAGGGAAGAUGAUUAUCAUCCAAGGCCAGGUCCGGCAUCCUGUGAAAAGUUUUGUAGUGAAUCUGGUGUGUCAGAACGGCGACAUUGCUUUUCACUUCAACCCACGGUUCACUGAAGGACCCGUAGUCGUGUGUAACACGCAGCAAAAUGGGCGCUGGGGACCUGAGCAGCGGGUCCGCAACAUACCCUUCCAGCCCGGAGUGUAUUUUGAGAUGAUCCUCAAUGUCAAGAGCCACUGCUAUCAGGUAUCUGUUAAUGGCAGCCACUUCCUGGAAUACAGUCAUCGCCUCCCAUUCCACUUGGUCCAGAAAUUGUUUGUCAAUGGGGAUAUCACUGUGAACUGCAUCAACUUUGUUGGCAAUAAUCCACCACCUUAUGCUCCUCCAGCUUACAAUGUCGUCACUGCUACCAAUGUCGGUGGUAUGUUUGCUCAGCCACACUUUGUACAAACAUCCAUUUCAAAGAAACAGAAGAGCAAGAAGACCCAGGGCUUUAGUGGAGUGACUUUGGCCAAUCCCGCUGUCCCAUUUUGUGCAGCCAUCCCAGGAAACUUCACUGAGUUCCGGAAGAUCGCAAUUGUGGGGAACGUGCCAUUUACAGCCAACAGAUUCCCUUUCUUUUCCUCCAGAUUCCACGUGAACCUGAAAAACAGUAUGACUGGCAACAUUGCUUUGCACAUCAACCCCCGAUUCAAAGAGAGAGUGCUUGUCCGGAACUCCUUCCUCAACGGCGCAUGGGGUCCGGAGGAACGGCACGGUCACGCCAUGCCUUUCUCACCUGGCCAAGCCUUCCAUAUGGAGAUCACCAACCUGAGGAAUAACUACAGGGUGAUUGUGAACGGGCAAGUGGUAUUUGAUUAUACCCAUCGAAUUCCUUCAGGACAGGUGGACCAAUUGGAAAUAGCUGGGGACGUGACUCUUUCUUGCGUACAGUACUGAUCAGUCUCUUUUUCAUGCACACUACUUCCAUGCACGCCUAUUGUGGAAGUAAACAGCAAAGCCAUGCAUUUGGAGUGGUGUUUACUCCAUCUGUCAUUCAAAAAUCUGCUAUACACUUCUGUAAACCUAAAACCAAUAUGCCUAUUAUAGCUUUCCAACUAGAGUAAGGCAGAAAUCAGUUCCAGAAAACUCAAGUACCCUUAUGGA